CCCGCUGAGGCUUCACAACCCGGGACGAGCCUCCGGAGCCGGGGAUCAUCAACACACCCAGAGUCUCCUCCGCUCCUCACCCCGCCGUCUCUCUGCGCUGCUGGGCCGCCAACCAAGCUCCUGUCCUCCCGGGGACUUACUGAGGGGAGUGGGAUGCCGCAUCCACACGGACACUGACAGUAAAAAAAAGAGAAAAGUUGAGACACUCAGGACACACGGCGGGAAUAUGAUGUGGCAGCCGUGCGGCUACUCCUCAAGGUCAGCAUCGGAGCACCGCCGCCUCACGGACGACUUUCUCUGUCUGUCGGAGAGGACCCGUCCUCGGCGAGGCGCGGAGUGGAUACCGCUGUGUCCUCUGUUACCUCCAGCAUCAGCAGGGACAUCGUCCACGGACACCGAGAGCCACUGACAGAGAAGCGGGGGGACAAACUUAGGAAACGCCGGUGUGUGAAAACAAAAUGGACAGAGAAGGAAAAGCUUUUACUUUUACAGCGUUAUUGUAAAAAAGUCUCCUCCGGCCGCUCCCUGUCUUCUUCCUCCGGCCUGUGUCGGUGCGAGUGUUCACCUGGCGACGGGAUCCAGCGCCGGAUCCAAGCUAGCUUACGUCCCCGCGGAGAACGGGCUCCAGGUUCGGUGUAAGCUAGCCGAACCCACCGCUAAAGUCAUUUCGGCGAUUUGACGAGUUAAUUAACGAACCAAACAAUACGAAGUUGUGAGAAACUCAACUUCCUCGAACGUGCUUAGGUUUCCAAGCGGACUUUUGAACUCAAUAUUAGUAUUACUUUCUCGACAACAUGCCUUCGAGGACAGGCUCGCUUGGCCCGGCCGGAUCCGGGAGGAGGCUACCGGAGCGGGGGCUGCUCCUGCUGGUGGUUCUGGUGCUCCUGGAGGGAUCCGUGCUCCCCCUCGGAGCCGCCAGCUCUCCGGAUCACAACCAGCAGCCAGAUCCAGGCAACGAGAAAACCGCGGACGCCGGACAUAAUUUCACCAAGAAGGCUUUCCCUGUGCUCAGCAUCGACUACCACCACAUACAGAUGCCAUUUGAAAUCUCAUUAUGGGUGCUCCUGGCUUCUUUAAUGAAAUUAGGGUUCCACCUGAUUCCUCGUCUGUCCAACAUUGUGCCAGAAAGCUGCCUGUUGAUUGUGGUGGGCCUGCUGGUGGGGGGGCUCAUCAAAGUGGCUGGAGAGGAGGUCCCACCAGUGCUGGACUCAAAAUUGUUCUUCCUCUGCCUGCUGCCGCCCAUCAUCCUGGAUGCCGGCUACUUCCUGCCCAUCCGCCCUUUCAUGGAGAACAUGGGCACCAUCCUGAUGUUCGCUGUGGUGGGGACCUUGUGGAAUGCCUUCUUCAUCGGGGGCCUCCUGUACGCUGUGUUUCAGAUCCAGCCAAACAACCCGUCGAACCCCUACAACCUAGAGCUGCUGCCUUGCCUGCUGUUCGGCUCCAUCAUCUCAGCUGUGGAUCCUGUCGCUGUGCUCGCUGUGUUUGAGGAGAUCCACAUCAACGAACUGCUGCACAUCCUGGUGUUUGGGGAGUCACUGCUGAACGAUGCCGUCACUGUGGUACUAUACCACCUUUUUGAGGAGUACACAGCCGUCGGUACAGUGACGGUGAUGGAUGGCUUCCUUGGAAUCAUCUCCUUCCUGGUGGUUGCGUUGGGUGGCAUUCUAGUGGGGGCUAUCUACGGCUUCCUGGCUGCCUUCACCUCGCGCUUCACCUCCCACACACGUGUCAUCGAGCCACUUUUUGUCUUUGUGUACAGCUACAUGGCCUACCUGUCGGCGGAGAUGUUCCACCUCUCUGGCAUCAUGGCGUUGAUAGCGUGUGGAGCAGUGAUGCGGCCCUACGUGGAAGCGAACAUAUCCCACAAGUCCCACACCACCAUUAAGUACUUCCUGAAAAUGUGGAGCAGCGUCAGUGAGACGCUAAUCUUCAUCUUUCUGGGCGUAGCCACGGUGGACGGACCCCACUUGUGGAACUGGACCUUCGUCACUGUCACCGUCAUCCUGUGUCUGGUGGCACGGGUCAUAGGUGUGGUUGGCUUGACCUACUUCAUCAACAAGUUCCGCAUUGUCAAGCUAACGACCAAGGACCAGUUCAUUAUAGCGUACGGUGGCCUGCGAGGGGCCAUCGCCUUCUCCCUUGGCUUCCUGCUGGACAAGAAUCUCUUCCCCAUGAGAGAGAUGUUCCUCACGGCCAUCAUCACCGUUAUCUUCUUCACAGUCUUCGUACAGGGCAUGACCAUCAAACCCCUGGUGGAGCUGCUGGCAGUGAAGAAGAAACAGGAGGCCAAGCGCACGAUUAAUGAGGAAAUCCACACCCAGUUCCUCGACCACCUCCUGACUGGAAUUGAGGACAUCUGUGGACACUAUGGACACCACCACUGGAAGGACAAACUGAACCGCUUCAACAAGAAGUAUGUGAAGAAGUGCCUGAUUGCCGGCGAACGCUCCAAGGAGCCACAGCUCAUCGCCUUCUAUCACAAGAUGGAGUUUAAACAGGCCAUUGAGCUGGUGGAGAGCGGCGGGGGAGUCAAGCUGCCUGCUGCUAUUCCCUCCACCGUCUCCAUGCAGAACAUUCAGCCCAAGAAGCCUCCUCCUGCCAAGUCUGCAGAGAGAGCUCUGCCACAGCUGACUAAAGGCAGGGAGGAGGAGAUCAGGAAGAUCCUGAGGAGCAACCUUCAGAAGACACGACAGAGGCUGCGCUCCUACAACAGACACACUCUGAUGGCCGAUCCGUUUGAAGAUGGAUUCAGUGACUUACUCAUCAAGAAGCAGAAGAUGAUUGAGCUGGAGAAGAAGAUAAAGGAGAUGAAUAACUACCUGACGGUGCCCGCGGCUCCUCCAGAUUCCCCGACAAUGCGUCGAGCCAGACUGUCCUCAGGGAGAGAUACUGAUUUCACUCCUGCUCAGCAGCAGAAAGGGACCACAGUCGGUGCAGACCCCGAGGCCUACAGCAUGAAGCAAGUGUCGGACAGCGUGCCGACCAUCCAGGUAGACCUGGCCUCCCCUCAGUCUCCAGACUCUGUCAAUGUAAUGGAUGAGUUCAGACGGGCCAAGCAGCAACAGGAGGAGGAGGAGGAGCAGGGCCUGAUGAUGAAGCCUCCCCACGGGCAGAGGGGACCUAACAAGCCGGCCGAGGGGGACGGGUCCAGAGACCCGCAGAAGCUGACGAGGUGCCUCAGUGACCCGGGUCCCAGCGCGGACGAAGACGAGGACGAACCCUUCCUGCCCUGAAGCGGCAGAGCGGCUGCGGAGGGAUCAGGCUGCGUGGUCAGAGGAGAGGGGGGCCGCUUCACCGCUCUGCUCUAGAUUAUCUCUUUGGUCCAGAAAAACCAAACAAGCCAAAACUGCUGAAGCUGUACAAAGCAGAAACUACAAGCUGAAGAAAAAGAGCCGUUAGUUUGUUAUCGUCAUUGCUCUUUAUUUUUUUAGACGGGCUUCGAACAGCAGCCGCUGACAGUUUACGAUGGUUAGUGUGAGACAUUCAGGAAGGAACUAUGCAUUACCAAAGGUCUGGACUGUUGGUCAGACAAUGUCGUUUUUACCUUAGUGUCUUUUCUUUCUUAAUGAUUUCACAGAUGUCAAUUUUACUUUUUUAUCAUUUUACAACUUUUCGUGCUGGUCCUUCAGAUCUAAAUGAUUCAAAUCAAACUACUUCAGUCCACUUUCCUCUUUCACAAACAGAACUUGAGUUCUUUCUUUCUGCCUCUUGAAAAUCCAAACAUUUAGUGAGUCGAAAGUAUUUUUGCCUGAUUUUACGUCAGAUCUUUUCACUUGGUGCAUUUUUAUCUCUCUUUUUUAACAAAGUGCGUUUUAAUUUCAGGGGCACUGACGCAUGUUUGUUGAGCUGCAGGUUAAAGCUGGAUGUAUUCAGUCACUUUGCAAACCACUGCGGCCUCGAGCUGUGGCCGUGGAGGGAAUUUACAUGGACUCGCAAGAUUCCUCGCUCUAUAACGUAGUUCUGACCUUCGUGUGUCGGAUGAGUGUGCGACAGGCGGCGCUGCAGCACAGGUGUUUUUGAUGUCAGCCAUCACGCUUGAUUCUCCGUCUGAGUUCAGUCACACGUCACAUAUCUGUUGUUUUACCUCGAUCAGUCUGAUGUUGAAGUAGAUUCCUCAGAUGUAACAUCUAACACUCAUCAUCAUCAUCCUUCUACCACUGGAGAUUUAAUAUAUCCGAUCUAACGCUCUCCUUUUAGCAUUCUUCCAAUUUUUAAUGGCUUUUUAAAAGAAGUUUUAAUGUCCUACGUUUCUCUCGAGCAUAUUUCAGAAGGAAGUGAAGGUUUGUCUGUACAGGAAUCGAUCCACGCUCCCUAACCUCCUGAAGACUGUAGGCAUGUCACGGCAA